UGCUUAAGAAACCCUCCAGUUAUGGCGUAAAAUGACGUCAUCAUUUUGGAGUUGUACUGCAUGUUGGACACCCAGUAAUUUGAGAUUAAGAAAAGAAAAAGUACGAGGUAUCAAGAGUGGAAGAAUUAAUUUAAUGUCGUGGUCUGAAUAUUAAUAAUGGAGCGAAGGAGACGGAGUACAGAAUGUUGAACGCUGAAGAGAGACGCCACCAAAGACGGCACCGGCUGCUCUUUUCCCGCUCGUCACGCGCCUAAUGAAGGAGCUCGCGAGCAGCGCAGUUGCGCGCAGUGCUGACGGCCACCUGCAGCUGAGGGGGGAAAAAGGCGGAACGCGGCGAUGCUUUCAAAUUCCAGCCCCGUUGUGAGUCGCCCAAAGUACUCCAGAGUGUGUAAAACCCAAGCUCUACAUCUCUGUCAUUGAUGAUGUCAUUGAGAGUAUGCGGGAGGUCUUUCUGGAUGAAGGUGUGGAGGAGCGUGUGCUUGAGGAGCUCAGACAGCUGUGGGAGUCUAAGGUUAUGCAGUCAAAAGCUGUUGAAGGUUUCAUGAAAGACACCCUCAAUCCAUCCAACUUUGUUCUGCAGCUUCCUACAAACUAUGCGCAGACACUUCGUAAGCCCACAGCCUCAAUCGUCAUUCCUGCAGGUCAAAAUCUUCAUAACUUCACUGCCAAGGCGAACAGUUCUAGUACUCUGGCUACCUUUUCCCUUCCACCUGGAGUGAGCUACCCAGUUCAGAUUCCCGCUGGAGUCACGCUGCAGACAUCCUCGGGUCAUCUGUAUAAGGUCAAUGUUCCAGUGAUGGUGACUCAAGCACCAGGCAGCCAUCGCGUUCUCUCUCAGCCCAUUCAGCAUGUCCUUGAACAGAGAGAGCCUGUAGCACACCAAGAAACUACAACCAACUCCACUGUCCUGCAGACCAUUGCUCCUCCAGUAAAUGACCUGUAUAACCACCCACCAGCCCCGACUGGCCCUGUCAUUCAGCCCACUGAGCCUCAACCCGUUGCCUGUCAGCAGCUCGGUCAGGGGCAGUGCACCUCCACUGAGCUCCCUGCCGUGCAGCCUCCAGUGGUGCAGAAGCUAUUGCAUUCCCAGCUGCCCCCAGAGAGUCCUAGUGAUAGUCCCUUUACGCUGGAAGGCAUUGACUUCAGUCCCCAGCCACUAGAUAUGAGCCCAACUUCAUCUUUUGUUGGCCAGCUUACUGGUCUCCAAGAAAAAGCAGGACAGAUGCAGGUCUUGGGGUCAGAAUUUGGAGGCAGAGAAGAAGAGGAUAUGAAUAAUGCAGAAAUGGGUACUUUGCCUAAAGUGACUGAAAAUACUGGGGCUGUAAACCUAGAACACUCAGAAGAUUCUGUUAAGGCGGCCCUCAUGAAAGCCGUCAGCUACAAUGACCUAUUGGACAUAGUACAGCUGGAUGGAGUGUGUGACAGCAGUUCUGAGGAAGAGCAGGCUGCUGGUGGACCAGAAGAUGACUUUCUGGGCAUGAUCAAUGCAGAGGCACUGCGGGCACUGCAGGAGGGCGACGGCAGCAGUGAUGGAGGAAGCUCGAACAGCAAUAACAGUGAUGUGGAAGAUGUUAUGCCAGAAGAGGAGGAGGACCCCCUGAACUCUGGGGAUGAUGUGAGCGAGCAGGACAUCCCGGACCUCUUUGAGACGGACAACGUUGUGGUGUGUCAGUAUGAUAAGAUACACCGCAGUAAGAACAGGUGGAAGUUCUAUCUGAAGGAUGGGGUGAUGUGUUUUGGGGGGAAGGACUAUGUCUUCUCCAAAGCAGUUGGUGAGGCUGAGUGGUAAAGUGUUUUUUGAGGUGAUGCUGGAGGGGGGGGUUUCAGCUGACAUUCCAUGCAAAAGAUACAGGGCAUUUGAUAGUUUACAUAACUCCUGUAUCCCCUUGAUUACAGAGGCCAAAUAUAAGCAGUCAGUUUAAGAACUGUAAAAUUUAUAGGGUUAUAUGUUAUGUUUAGUUGAGCAUAUAAAAGGCACAUAUGUGCCAGUAAAUACAUCUGUUGAAAUUUGUCUGCACUUUAUACGAUUUACUUAUU